AUGAUGAAUAUGAACCUCACCAAUGCAGUUCCAGAAGACAAGAUCCACUCCGGCCAUUUGGCUUCCCAGGUGGAGCAUGCCUUGAAGCUCUCCAGAGAUUAUGCCAAUGGAUCAGUUCACUCCGAUGGCCACUGGUGCGGCGAGCUCAGAUCUAAUGUCACGAUAACUGCGGAAUACAUAUUUCUUAGACAGGCCUUAGGGCUGGAUAUGAAAGCCGACAGCGCAGCCUAUUGUCGACACAUUUUAUCUGAGCAGAACGAAGAUGGCUCGUGGGGACUGGCUCCUGAGCAUCCAGGUGACGUAUCCACUACAACAGAGGCAUACAUGGCUCUCAAAAUCCUAGGCCUCGAUUCCAGCCAUGUGGUGAUGCGGCGUGCUCGGCAGUUCGUGCUUAAAUCUGGAGGUAUUGAGAAAGUCCGCGUUUUUACGCGCAUCUUCCUAGCAACCUUUGGGUUGUUUCCCUGGGACGGAGUGCCACAGCUACCUGUUGAACUUAUUCUUCUUCCAUCAAUUUGUCUGAUCAACAUAUACACCUUUGCUUCUUGGGCUCGGGGUACGAUCGCCCCUCUGUUACUCAUCUGCCAUCACCAACCUAUUUUUCCAUUGCCAAAUGGAAAGUUCGCUAAAAACGACUAUCUUGAUGAGUUAUGGCUCGAUGCCACAAACAAAAACGUGUCAUAUGGCCUGCCUCUUUUGAGCUUGUUGUUCGAAGGUGACCUUCCUGGCGUUGCAUUUACAUGUAUGGACAAAUUGCUCUAUUGGCUGAAUGGACUUCGCUCAGUUCCGGUCCUCCGCUCCUAUGCUCGAAGAAAAUGCCUUAAAUGGAUCCUCGAUCGACAGGAAGUAACCGGGGACUGGGCGGGAAUCUUCCCACCUAUGCAUGGCAGCGUGUUUGCGUUCAUCCUUGAGGGCUACAAGAUCAACGAUGACCCUGUUCGGCUGGGUAUCCAAGCUAUUGAGAAUUUUGCCUGGGAAGAUGAACGGGGUAAACGAAUUCAAGCCUGUAUUUCACCUGUGUGGGAUACUGCCCUUAUGUCAAUUGCGCUUUCUGACGCCAUGACGCCCGAUCGACACGUCGUCGAGCAGGCCAUUACAUGGAUCAGAAAUCGACAAUUGAUUGUGCCUUACGGGGAUUGGUGUGUAUAUCGACCCGGACUUCCACCUGGUGGCUUUAGCUUUGAAUACAAGAAUACCUGGUACCCCGACGUGGACGACACCGCUGCAGUCAUUCUCGCCCAAAUCAAACAUGACGUGGAAUCCAUUGGAUCAGACUCUGUGAUAGCAGCAGCUAUGUGGAUUGUCGGGAUGCAGAACCCUGAUGGCGGCUGGGCUGCCUUUGACGUGGAGAACGACAAGCUAUUCCUUAAUAAGAUUCCAUUCAGCGAUAUGGACAGUCUAUGCGAUACAUCCUGCGCGGAUAUCACUGGACGUAUAUUAGAAGCUUUUGGCUUGAUGAUGAAGCGCGCGCCAGAGAAGUCUCUCGCAAGUGAUUGUUUCCCUACGCUACGAGCCGCCUGCACUCGCGGCAUCAGAUACCUUGCGUCUACACAAGAGCCUAGUGGGGCUUGGUUUGGACGAUGGGGUUGCAACUACGUGUAUGGCACGAGUCAUGCACUGUGUGGUCUUGCGUACUUCGAUGAUACGCGGGUUUCUGGAUUGGUGUUACGGGGUAUACAGUGGCUGGGAUCCAAACAGCAGGCCGACGGAGGUUGGGGUGAAUCACUACUUUCCUACCGGUCGCCCAGUCAAGAUUGGCAGGGAUCAACCCCAUCCCAAACUGCAUGGGCUUUGAUGGGAUUGUUGGCACAUCUUUCUCCAAAAGACCUUGCCAUCCAGCGCGGUAUUCAAUAUCUAGUGGCAACUCUCCAGCCGGAGAAGGGUAUCGGGUCUUCGUGGCCUCAAUCUGUGUUUACAGGAACCGGAUUCCCUAAUCAUUUCUAUCUUGGGUAUGACUACUACCGUCACUAUUUCCCCAUGAUGGCCCUUGGGCGCUAUUUACAGGAAAGUAGCAGCUUGACACCCGAUCUACACAUCGUCAUUGACGAGGGCAGAUUUCAAAUCUGUUCCAGGCUCAUACCAGACGCUACGGUUGUGAAUCUUCUGAAGUUUGAUUUCCAAGAUAUAUCUCAACACGCGACUUUUGCCCUCCCAGGCAACCCCUCAGUAUGUCUCUUCCAAACUUCGCUCGAAGACAGCCAGCGAAAGUGUCGACAGAUCGGAUGUAUCUGUCACGAUUUCACCUUCCGGAUCGACGAUGUGCUCGAUGUUCAAAAGCUGGAAUCGGCUUUGUAUCGGUUGAUGGACAUUGGGAAUUGGGGUCAGCUGGGGGCUCGCUUGAGAUUGAGAAGUGACAGCAGAUUGGAGUAUCACCUACCAGCAAGCUAUACUAAGACACGGCCGCCUUUCAUCUUCACCACGGUGAACUACGAUAUGAACAUCGAUGAGCAUCCGAUUGGGGCUAAACUACCGAAGCAAAAUUACGACCAGUCGUUCUUAUCACCUCCUGGGAGAUUCUUCGAGCCGUUGGUCUGUCAUCCGGAAAGUCCCAAGGAACUUGCAGACUGGAUUUAUUCGGACCGACCACAGCUCCACAUCCACGUCGUUUCUUUCCGCGAUACUACUCUGAUAACGACAAGUUAUGUACACACACUUUUUGAUGCUAUUUCUCGUACGUCUUUUUGGAAGGCUUGGGGUGCUGUGCUUCGCGGUCAUGAAGAAGAAAUACCGCCUAUGGUGCCGUUUGAUCAAGACCCGCUGCAUACACUGGGACAGGAUUACCCGAAAGAAAGAUACCAUAACUUUGGGCUCUUGUUGACCGGUUUCAGCCUUGUUAUGUUCGGUAUCCGAUACAUGUUAGAGCUACUGUUUACCCAGGAUGUGGUAGACCAUACCAUUCGUGUCCCAGGAACCUACGUGAAAAAGAUGAGAGAGCAAGCACGACAGGAGCUGGCCGAGGCCGCUCCAAAGGGGGCUGAAAUUCCUUUUGUCAGUGAAGGGGAUAUCGUCAUCUCAUGGUGGAUGAGGACCAUGAUAACAGCGCUGAAGCCUUCGCCAGAACGACCUAUUUUAUUGAUGAAUGUGUUCAAUGUAUGGAGACUUUUCCCGGAGUGGUUCCCUCCUAAUGGAGCUGGCUUCAUCGGGAAUGCAUUCUUCUAUUCUUACACGCUACUCUCCUCUAACAAAGUUAUCCACGACGGUAGCCUGGCAUACACCGCAUCCAAGAACCGCCAGGCGCUCAUGGAGCACAGGACACGUGAACAAGUUCAGGCAAUGACAGCUAUUCAGAGGAAAUCCUACAAAAGGACUGCGCCUGUGAUCGGGCGUACAAAUAACUUUUUCAUGGCCUGCACGAACCAACAGAUGUCGGGCAACUUCAAUGCGGAUUUCUCGGGUGCCGUGAUCAAGCCUGGUGUGCCUUUGGCUCACAGGGCGCACGCACUGGGUCAACCCUCGUACAUUAAUGACAUUGAGCACGCUCGGGGAUAUCCAACUCGCAACGUUGUUCGAAUUUUGGGCAAGGAUGCUGCUGGUGACUGGUGGCUUCUAUUCAAGACCCGAUCAGGGGCAUGGCGAGAGAUCCAUCGGCAGUUGAUGUCUAUUUAUGAUGGUGAUGAGCCAAGACUAGAAGGUGAAGUUACUGAGGUUACAAAAUCGUGA